AUGUUGAUAGUGCUGCGGCCCAUGAACGCUUUCAUGGUUUGGUCUCGCGGACAAAGAAGAAAAAUGGCCCAGGAAAAUCCCAAAAUGCACAAUUCUGAAAUAUCCAAGCGAUUGGGUGCUGAAUGGAAGCAACUCAGUGAAUCUGAAAAAAGGCCCUUCAUUGAUGAAGCUAAGAGAUUGAGAACUCUGCACAUGAAAGAGCACCCUGACUACAAAUAUCGACCGCGAAGGAAGCCCAAAUCCCUGAUGAAGAAAGAAAACAAAUUCGGGUUCACAUUGUCGCCACUAAUAUCAUCAAGCGACAUCAACGGACUGUCUCGGGGUCUUUUGCCGCCAUUAUCAGCCGGACUACCAAGUUCCCAUCACCAACAUCACCACCACUCGCUUCUGAACCACGACGAUUUGAAAAUUCCCCGGUUCUUCCCUUCAUUUCCGUACUCCUUGUACCCAAUCCAGCCGUCUGCGAAAUUAAGCGAUAGCAUCAACAACGGGAACAAACUGGCUGCUGAUCUGACAUUCCAAGCUAUUUAUCACAGCGGAACUCUAUACGCGAGUCACCACGCGGUGAAUUCAUGGCCGAACUUGCCAGGAUCUCCAACAACGCCUACAACCACGUGCUUGCAGGCGAAUUGCAAUUGUUCUUCACCCAAUGCUGAUGACCAGGUGGCUAAAGAUAGCAAACGGGUGUACUUGCCGACUUUCAACGACAACAACAAGAGCAACGAGGAUUCCAUUGAUCUGAUCAACAGUCCAAUGAAAAUUGAUGACGACAUAAAUGUAGAUGGAAAUGAAGGGUUUGCAAAAACAGACGAAAAAGUGAAGGAUUGCAAUGAUACUGGAGUGAUAGCUGAUAGCAAAAAUGAAUUCGACCACAAACCGUUUUCCACGAGCAGCAGCAGUAGCACCAGCAGUGUAAAUAACGCGUCUGAUAGCAAUAAUUUGUUUUCAGUUAAAAAUUUAACCUCUAAUUCGAACUCUACAAUCCAGCGCAAUCAUACCGCUUCCGGUUCUCCCAGAUUUAAAUUUCCGGGGGAACCUGGUGUCCAAUUGGACACCCCCUGA